UCAUUCUUACAAUAAAACGCCACUCGCGGGCUGUGUGGACAGAGGUAUCUGUCUGAGAUCUGUAUCUGAGACACCACUGCCAGUUGGAAAUCGGUUAUUCUGUCGUGCUGUGAAUAUUAACUUCUUGUUUCGGUUUGACGGUUGAAAUUAUAAACACUAGUGAAACACAUUUGACAAUAGCAACUGUGGUAACAAUGGGAUCAACGAGGACCGUCCUGUGUGUAUGCGCGGUAGUGGUAUUGGUGACAGCGAUGGAGGUAUUGGGCGAGGAUCCACAGCUACCUUGCUCUCCCUGCUACAACGUCACGUGCGGUGAUCCCCCGGAGAGUUGUGAGCUGGACAAAAUUCCGUGUGGAUGCUGUCCGACGUGCGUCCGACUUGAGGGUCAGCUAUGUGAGGCUUUCUCUCCAAGGUGUGGCUUCGGUCUGAAGUGCCUCACCCCCGGGGGCUUCUAUGACGGGCGGCCCCCAUGGUACAUGCAAUUCCUGAGAGGGGUGUGUGUCAAAGGACCCCAGACACACCCAGAUCCCGUCCUAGAGCAAGGAAAGACUUCUGCUCCGAUCGUGUCGGCCGCGGACACGGACGACAACGUGUAACAGCCGAGCAGUGUCCGCCAUACCUUCGAUGUACUCGCCUGACUUUACAUGUGUGUGGAGUAUGUCGUCUCUCCAGUCAUGUAACAUUGUUCUCACCUAUUCAAUGAUCAAACCUUUACUCAAAUCCAUCGUCUUGUCUACUUUCACCUUGCAUGUAACGUACACAAUAAAUCAUGUUUACCUU